AUGGCGGCUGUGCCAACACGACAAUCGGAUCGACUCAUAGAGAAGGCGGAGAAGGAGAAGGAGCAGAAGAAGGAAGAGGAGAGACUCGCAAGAGUGGCUGCGUUGGUGGCAGAAGGGCUCCCUGCCGAUGGCUCCCUAGAGUUCCGUUUCAAUACACAGCCAAUUCCAUCCCAAGCUUACCAAGUCAGAACCAAGGAUGUAUACCGAACUGCAGACGGUGUGUUUCUGUAUUCAUGGGCAGUCGAGGCAUUUUGGGAUUUUCGCAACUUUCAUCCCGGGCAAAUCGUGAUGUCCACCAGCCCGUACCCGCAGAAUGAUCCUUCAGCUAAAUUCAACGAAGUCGCUGGAGCUGGGCCAUGCGCUGCGACUAAUGCUGGACCUGUUGGGGCAAAACGCCGCUAUUCCGUAGUUCUUUGGACCACCACGAGAGGACUUUUUGUCGUACCACUGUUCACCCUCAACGGAGGCAAUUCUUUCGCUACUAUGCACGAGGAACGCAUCAGAGAUUUCGUUACUUUGACCACUGUUUCAGGCGUGGACCCUCAGUAUACGGAGUGGGCUGGCCAUUCUAUCAUCAUGAAUCUCAAUCCCGACCUUGAGGGCGAUCUCAACCCCUGUUGUUUUGCAGAUCUCGCCUCGGCUAGAUCUAUCACCUCUAGGGAAUACCUCCAGGAAGAUAUUGGCUCCCUUGACGGAGACGAGUAUCUUCGUUUCUUGAGUCUAUACAAGAUACGGAGUAAUGAAUGGCUGAAACAAUCCUUUGACAAGUUCGAGAGCGGAGUAACGUUCAACGACGAUAGAAUCGUUCAACCGGGCUCAGUAUUUGAUAACCGAGCAGAGUACGAUAAUUACGAAAAUUGGCAAAAGCUCAUGGCGGACAAGAAGUUCCAUGGCAUGUUCCAGUCAAAGAAAGCGAAGGAUCGAUACAAGGAGGCAAUGAAGAAGAAGCCAAGUAAAGGUCCAGGUGCAGGCUCAACCUCUACUAAAGGCCCGGGUGGUAACAAAGGCCCGAAGCCUGGCACAGGCGGCGGCGGCACUGGAAAGCCGAAAUCAAAGCCUGCAUUAGGGCAUAAGACGACUUUGGAUACGUACAAAUAG